AUAUUUUAGAUGUUGUCGGUGUUUUCUGAUAUUAUUUUGACACUAGUAUGUUUUUUCUCUCUGACAGCAGGAUGAGUGACGUCCGGUUUGCUUCAGCUUCCUCCACCGUCACCAAGAUAGCUGGCCUGUCACCAGGAUGCAGUUCCCGUGGCAACGAGCCUCCAGCCUUCAUUCUGCCUCCCCGCAACGCCCGGGUCACCCUGGGAGUAGACGCCCGACUGGAGGGGAAGGUUCGAGGUCAUCCUGAGCCCCAGAUCACAUGGUACAGGGAGGGCAGGGCUAUGAUUGGUGGAGAGCGCUGUGUCAUGGAGAGAGGUGGGCGGGGCACCUUCAGCCUGGUGGUUGGCGGGGUCAGAGAGGAAGACCUGGGCCGUUACACCUGUCAGGCCACCAAUCCGGCCGGGAGCCGCCAGGUUACCGUGGAGAUCCUUCUGGAAGAGACUUCUGGGAAGAAAUAUGGCCUCCCGUCCUCCAUGAAAACAGGGUGUCGCUCUGCAGUCCCAGCAGUGGAGAACAGGCCCAGUAUUUGGGGUGAGAGUCCACCAAAGUUUGUCUCUAAACCGAGCCGAGUGUUUGCCAGACCGGGACAGACCGGAAAAUUCUCCGCCAAAACCACAGGACGCCCUCAACCCCAGGUCACAUGGUUCAAGGGGGAGGCGGAGCUUCAGUCUUGUGGGCGGAUCACUAUGUAUGAGCGCUCCGGUCUGCACUUCCUGGAGAUAAAGGAAGUGUGUCUAGAGGAUGUAGGAAGUUACACAUGUUCGGUCACCAACAGCGCCGGGACAGCAACCGCCACUGCUGAGCUGAACGUCCAGAGUUCUCCUGAGGACUCCUGCAGGACCGUCCGACCAGCUGUGGACACACAAACCAGGGACAAAAACCUAACAGUGGACAACACCGCUCCCAGUGUUUCCAGUGCUUCCAGUGCUCCCACAGACAAGCACCAGCAAAGCCCCCUCCCUCAGCCUGGACAGGGAGCCUCCUGGAGGAGCAGACAGCUCCCUCUGGUGGCCGAGAAGAGGACUGCAGCUGCUCCACCUGCUGGAACAAUUCAGGUCCAGUCUCUUGUGAGCCCUGCUCCACUUCAGACUGGUCCAGUCCAGCAGACAGCAGGGGCUUCAGACAGCAGCAGCAGUGACUGUGACCACAUGAUCAGAGCUGAUAGUCUCGGGGCCGUGAGGAGGUCGGUGUUGGGGUCCAACCUGCGGUUCGAGGCCAUUCCUCUGAACCAGGAGGCUACAGAGGGAGCACAGGUCACGUUCACCUGCCAAGUCUCGUCUGAUGCCGUUGCCAAGGUUACGUGGCUGAAGGACGGGAGUCAGGUGAGGACCGGACCAGGUCUGCAGCAGAGACAGGACGGCCCCCGUCUGACCCUCACCAUGGAGAGAGUGAGACAGGCAGACCGGGGCGACUACAGCUGUCAGCUGAUCACUGCUGAUGGACAGACAGUCACCUCGGCAACAUGGACGCUGUCUGUCAACAGUAAGACCCGUUCAUCUCAAUGUGUGUCUCGGCAGCCUCCGGUGUUUGUCAGCGCUCUGCAGGGCUGCUGGGUAACGGAGGGUCAGACCAUCAGCCUGCAGGUCUCUGUGGAGGGAAGACCUGCUCCAGGUGUCAGCUGGAUGCUCAACGACGGGCCCGUUCCUGCUGCUGCCGCCGCUCGGUCCUCGUGCGUCGGGGGCGUGGCCACGCUGACCAUCCAGCGUGCGUCCCGGCGUGACGAAGGCGUGUACGCGUGCGUGGCGGAGAACAGCCACGGCAGAGCGGAGUGCAGCGCCAGAGUCCAGGUCAAAGGCAGACCGCAGGGUCGCAGGUCAGAGGUCACAGAGGCCAGAGGAGUGUGUGAGGCUCCUCGCUUCACCGGCGGCCUGACGGACCUGAAGGUGAUGGACGGCAGCAGGGUUACCAUGACGGUGGAGCUGACCGGUCACCCCCCUCCAGAGGUGGUGUGGCUCCAUGAUGGGCAGGAGGUGACGGAGUCGGAGGAUUUUCACCUCCUCAGAGAGGAGAACCGCUGCACUCUGCUGAUCCAGGAGGUUUUCCCAGAGGACACUGGGACGUACAGCUGCCAGGCCUGGAACCAGUACGGAGAGGACCGCACCCAGGCCCAGCUCACUGUGGAGGAGCCCCAGGACGGUGUGCAGCCCUGGUUCAUCACCAAACCCAAACCGGUGAGUGCUGCCGCCGGUCAGCACGUUCUCCUGUCCUGCGCCAUCGCCGGAGACCCGUUCCCCCAGUACACCUGGACCAGAGCCGACCUGAGCCGACCUCUGACCUCCGGAGGAGAUUAUGAACUGCUGCAGAAAGAGGACGUCAUCUCACUGCUGAUCAGGAGAGUUAAAAAGCAUCACGCUGGAGAUUACCUGGUCAGCCUGAGGAACAAGGUCGGGGAGUGCAGCGCUGUGGCCAGUCUGUCCGUCGGCGAUGGAGGAGAGACGGACGGGACGAGAGGACGAGGAGGACGAGCAGGAGACGACAGCGGCCCUGCAGCAGCAGCAGCAGCAGGAGGAGGAGGAGGAGGAGGAGGAGGAGGAAGAGGAGGCGUGGAGCGGAGAAGCAGCAGCAGCAGCAGCAGUGUCAGUCGGCAGUGGCAGGAGGCCAACCAGGAGCAGAAGGAGCGAGGAGGAGCGUCGGACCCGCAACUCCUGCACCUGCAGAGGGAGAAGAAGAAGAAGAAGGAGAAGGAGGGUGACCAGGACUCUCCUCAAGGCCUCUUCAAACGCUGCGUGGAAACCAGGGAGCGCGGUGAAGAGGAGCUGCGACAGAGGGAGGCGCAGCAGCUCGACUUCCGCUCGCUGCUGGGACGCCGAGCCGGCGACACCAAAAACAACCCGGGAGAGGAGCCAAGGGAGGCCGGCCUCGCCACCGCCACCGCCACCGCCACCGCUACCACCACCGCUACCACCACUGCUACCACCACUGCUACCACCACCACCCACGAACGCCAUCGCCACCAGAUGGAUUUCAAGGCAAACCUCAAGGGUGUCAAACCCAAGAUUGAGGAGGAUCGCAAGGUGAGCGCCCCGCAGCAGGUGGACUUCCGCUCCGUGCUGGGAAAGAAGGGCGCCGCCGCCGCCGGCAACAAACCGGCCGGGGCGCCCGUAAAGAACGACGCCGACUUCCGUUCCGUCCUCGCUAACAAGAAGAAGCCGGCGACCCCGGAGAAGAACGGGGAUGGCGGCAAGGCGGCGGUGAACAACUGCGUGGCCGGAGGGAUUAACGAGAAGAAGAGCGUUGUUGGAGGAGGAGGAGGAGGUGGAGGAGGUGGAGGAGGUGGAGGGAAGGCGCCGGAGUUCACGGAGAAGCCGAGCGAUGUGACGGUGCUGGACGGGCAGCGGCUCCGGCUGCAGUGCCGCCUCGCCGCUGCUGCAACCUCUGACGUCACCGUCAGCUGGACGCUGGACGGGAAGAUCAUCAAACCGUCCAAGUUCAUCAUCCUCGCUAACGAAGGCGGCCUCUGCUCUCUGACCAUAGACAAAGCUCUGCCGGAGGACGAAGGCCAGUAUAAAUGCAGAGCCGAGAACUCAGCAGGCAAAGCUGAAUGUUCCUGUAUGGUUCUAGUAGACGAUCCGGCAGAAAACUCUCCGGCUGACAAGAAGUCCAAGAAGGCGACUCCGACCUCAGAGAGUGAAGCCAGAAUAAAGAAACCGACAGCGAAGACUCCUCCCAAACAAGCUCUGCCUCCUCAGAUCCUGCAGUUUCCAGAAGACAUGAAGAUCCUGGUGGGACAGAAGGUGGAGAUCCUCUGCAAGUUCUCCGGAGCUCCGCCCAUCAACUGCAGCUGGCUCAAGUUCAGGAAACCAAUCCAGGAGGGCUCGGCUGAUAUCUCCAUAGAGAGCACUGACAGCAGCAGUAAACUCACCAUCUCCAGCGGUCAGCAGGAACACUGCGGCUGCUACACCAUCGAGCUGAGGAACAGCUACGGCCUCCGCCAGGCCGCCCUCAACCUCACCAUCGUCGAUAAGCCGGACCCGCCAGCGAAGGUCCCCGCGACGUCAGAUAUCCGGCGGUCGAGUCUGACGCUGUCAUGGUACGGGCCGACCUACGACGGCGGCAGCGCCGUGCAGUCCUACAACCUGGAGAUCUGGGACUCAGUGGAGCAGCAGUGGAAACAUCUGGUGUCCUGCAACAGCACCUCCUACAACAUACAGAACCUUCUGCCAGACCGUCAGUACAAGUUUCGUAUCCGAGCGGAGAACAUCUACGGGGUCGGAGAGCCCAGCGCUGAGUCUGAACCCGUCGCUGUGGGCGUGGUGGACAACGAUGAGAAUCAGGAGGAGGUCGAGGAGGAAGAUGACGACUCGGAGAAGGAGCCAGACUACAGAGACGUGACGAUCAGAACGGACACGAAGGUGAAGGAGCUGUACGACGUGGAGGAGAGGCUGGGAACGGGGAAGUUCGGUCAGGUCUUCAAGCUGGUGGAAAAGGCCACGAAGAAGGUGUGGGCGGGGAAGUUCAUCAAAGCGUACUCAGCCAAGGAGAAAGAGAACGUGCGGCAGGAGAUCGGCAUCAUGAACAGCCUCCAUCACCCCAAACUGGUCCAGUGUAUCGACGCCUUCGAGGGCAAGUCCGACAUCGUCAUGGUGCUCGAGAUGAUCUCAGGCGGCGAGCUGUUCGAGCGGAUCAUCGACGAGGACUUUGAGCUGACGGAGCGGGAGGUGAUCAAAUACAUGCUGCAGAUCAUCGACGGCGUCAGCUUCAUCCACAAGCAGGGCAUCGUCCACCUCGACCUCAAACCCGAAAACAUCAUGUGUGUCAACAAGACCGGCAGCAAGAUCAAACUCAUCGACUUCGGCCUCGCCAGACGACUAGAAAACGCCGGGACUCUGAAGGUUUUGUUUGGGACUCCAGAGUUUGUGGCUCCAGAGGUGAUCAACUACGAAGCCAUCAGUUACACCACCGACAUGUGGAGUAUAGGAGUCAUCUGUUAUAUACUGCUAAGCGGUCUUUCUCCCUUCAUGGGCGACAACGAUAACGAGACUCUGUCCAACGUCACCUCGGCCACCUGGGACUUUGAAGACGACGCCUUCGACGAAAUCUCCGACACCGCCAAAGACUUCAUCACCAACCUGCUGAAGAAAAGCAUGAAGGCUCGGCUGACCUGUGCUCAGUGUUUUGAACACCCUUGGCUGAAGCAGGACACCAACACCAUGAAGGCCAAGAAGCUCUCCAAGGAGAGGAUGAAGACGUACAUCCUGAGGAGGAAAUGGCAGAAAACGGCUCACGCUGUUCGAGCCAUCGGCAGACUGUCGUCCAUGGCCAUGAUGGCCGGCGUCAGCGCCAAGAAGGGCUCGCCCACCGAAGAGGAUAAUCAGUUCCUGGAGUGUUUGGAGUACGAGCAGAAGACGGAGUGCAAGCCGACCUUCAGCUCCGUCAUCAAAGACGUGGAGGUGGUGGAGGGCAGCGCCGCUCGCUUCGACUGCAAGAUCGAAGGUUACCCGGACCCCGAGGUGGUGUGGUACAAAGACGACCAGCCAAUCAAAGAGACCCGACACUUCCAGAUCGACUACGACGAAGACGGAAACUGCAGUCUGGUCAUUUCAGAGGUGUCGGGCGACGAUGACGCCAAGUACACGGUGAAGGCGGUCAACAGUCUGGGGGAGGCGACCUGCACCGCUGAGCUGCUGGUGGAGGUGAUGGCAGGGGAGGAGGAGGAGGAGGAAGAGGAAGAGGAGGAGUAGUAAAGCAGUGAACGGUCUGGACUCCCACAGGAAGAGGAGGUGGCGACAUUGAAGUCAUCGCUCCUCCUCAGCCUGUCAGACAUGAGCAGGAAAGAAAAAAAAUGUACCUGCAAAUAGCAAAAGAUUGUGUUGUUGUGAUUGGAGCAGCAGGUGGGCGGGGCUUGACACAUCAGGAGUUAAAUACCUGUUGGCGUUCCUUUAUCAAGGUAAAAUGGAGGAUCACUUAUACAGAACUCCUCAGGUCUGUUUAUGAAGACUUGGGUCUGGAUCAACACGGCAGGUUGGAAACAAACCAAAAGGGCAUCUCAUGUGAGAGAAAACAACGUACACGACAAAGAUUUAAAACGCGAUCCGACCUCAAACACGCCGCCAGCUUCUCGAUCCCGCCGUCCUCUCGUCUUCUCGCCACGACAGGCUGAACUUUCCUGUUAACAAACAUGUUAAACUGAGUCCACGUUUACAUGAAGCCGCUAAAUUCUAAAACAGUGUUGGAGUUUCAGCUCGUUCCUGCAAAUACCUACCGUCCACAUCAAAAAACGCCCCAAACGCGUAAUUCUCCUCCUACUGGGCAUGUGCAGAGGACAGACGAGUAACUCAGCCACAGAAAACCAACAAAGAAGAAACUUUGAAACGGCUUCCUGACAUUUAGUUUAUUGCAGCAGAUAGAAACGUUUAACUCUAAACAAGCUGUCGAAGUAGAAAUAAAGAGAACAAAGCUGCGUCUCAAAUCACGUACUUCUGUUAGUUCACUGUGUACACUGUGUACUUACUGGCGUAGUGCGCAAACUUUGACAGGGUAGUGCAAAUCAAACACAGCCGUUGUGCACUUACCGGAAAUGACGAUCGUAAAUUAGCAUUAGCUAGCGUUAGCAUUAG